CACAAUCGCUCAAUACCCAAUCCCCAGAGCAAAGAAAAACCACCCAUUGAUCUCUUCAUAGCUACUAUUUGUUAUUGCAAUGGAACCCGUAGCCUCCCCGGAAGCACAGCCGGCCCUGGCGCUGGAACCGCUCUCGGCCCCGGGGCCACAACCCUUGGUGAUCUUCUUGGAAGACGAGAAGCUCCGGCUCCUGGCGGAGAUGGUCAGGCGGCAUGAGACCAACAACCUCCACUACCUGCUGGAUUUCGACAGCCCCGGAGAGCUGAACCAGUACAUCCGCAUAAUCAACGGCAACCUGGCUACCGUCCACACCCUGCUGGACGAGUGCAAGGCCGUGGUGGCCGCGCACCGUAACGACGCCGUGCUGGGGCCCAUCGCCGCCUCCCUCCUCAGCUACGCGGAGCACUGCCUCAACAACGCCCUCCAGAUCAUCAGGAACUACACCCUGAGAAGGGACUUCCUGGAGUCGGUGGAAGAGCAUCUCGAGGAUCUCUUCAAACGCCUUGGAGAGCUCAGCCCUUGGGACGCGGUGGCCGUUGCCGAGUUCACUCAGGACCUCAAGCAGUACGACGACACGGUCGUGAGCUUCAUGUGGUUGAACAUAAACACCGCAGCUUCUGUUGCAUUCUCCCAACACCUCAGACUCCUCGAAAUUACCUUUGAAGAUCUGGUUCGCAGUCGCCAAAGGAAACUUGGGUUUACUGGACGAUUUGAAGACUUGGAUAUUGACCAAAAGCUCCAGGUAUACUAUGUAAUAAUUGAGGAAUCGGGAAGGCUGAAGGGGGUGGAAAACCGAAGCUUGCAGCCUCUACCAUUUGGUUCAAAGAAAUCCAAAUACAAGUCGGGAGGCAUGUUCCUAUUCAACGUGGGACAGAUAGUGUGGGACAUAUAUCAAAGAGACCAGCCGAUGGAGACGGUGAGGGAUGUGGUGGUCAGCGCCGCGGAGAAAAAAGGGAAGAAGUUGGGAACCAUUUUGGGAAAAGCCGCGGCAUCGGCGGCGCUGAAAGGGGUGACGAAAUCCGCUAUAUUCAUCACAGCCGCGGGGGUCGUGGGAGGACUCGUGGGUGCCUUCAUUGUCGGGGCUGCCGUCGGCCUCUUGUUUGGUCUCAUUUUCCGCACCGGCGGCCAGGCUCCUCUUCCCACUGAUAACAUGAUUGUCUAUGUUGCUGAGAUGCCUGAUGGCAUGGCUUUUGCCAGACGAAUUGCCUACUCUUGAUCGAGGUUCAUAUGUAUAUAUAUAUAUACUAUUCCCACGCGUAGGGAGUAUUGAAAAAUAAGAUCCAUGCAUGUGAUCGAAGUGAGUUGUAUCCGUAUCACUAUGUUUUAUUAAAUAAAUGUUUUUUUCCCUCUCGAAGGGGGGAAUGUAUUGCUUGCAUCCAUUUCUAUAUAAAUGUAUCAAGUACUCAUGCUGGUUUUUUCUGUUUGAAAACGAUGGGCUCAAAGAAGAAAAUAAAAUACGAUGGGCUCAAAUAAGGGAUUUUCUACGUUGCCUUCCCAAAUAAAGGGGCAUGGAUGCCCGUCCACCCAAUUGGCGCCAUGUAGAUUGCUACG